AUGUCUACAGAAAAAAAGAUGUUGAUUCUAAAAUCUUCCGAUGGGCAAGAGUUCGAGGUGGAAGAGGAGGUUGCUGUUCAAGCACAAACAAUCAAGAACAUGGUGGUCGAUGGUUGUGCUGAUAGCGCGAUUCCAUUGCCCGUCGUUAGCAGCAAAAUCUUGGCCAAAGUGAUCGAAUAUUGGAAAAAACGCGCUAAUGUGACAGCAGACUUUAACAAUCAGCACGAGUUAAAAGAAUUGAACGAAGAAUUAUUGAAAGAAGUUGAAGAUGAUUUAGAGAUGUUGUUUGGUUUAAUUCUUGCAGCUAAUUAUUUAGAGACAAAACAACUUUUGGAUUUGUUGUGUGAAAAAGUUGCAAAUAUGAUGAAAGGAAAAAGUCCAGAAGAAAUACGUAAGAAAUUUGGUAUAAGAAAUGAUUAUACCCCCGAGGAAGAAGAGGAAGUUCGUAGAGAGAAUGCCUGGGCUUUUGAGUAA